UGCAGACCUCUCAGGGCCGCCAGGGGUCGUUGCGACCUCCCCCUGCACUUCCUCCCGCCCUUCCCACCCGACGCGGCUGUUGGCGCCAGAGUCAAACCGGGAGGCCGCCGCGCGCACCAUGUCAAAGAAAAAAGGACUGAGUGUGGAAGAGAAGAGAACCCGUAUGAUGGAACUGUUUUUUGAGACAAAAGAUGUAUUCCAACUAAAAGACCUGGAGAAGCUUGCUCCCAAAGAGAAAGGCAUCACUGCCAUGUCAGUGAAAGAAGUCCUGCAGAGCCUGGUGGACGAUGGCAUGGUUGACUGCGAGAGGAUCGGAACCUCCAAUUACUACUGGGCUUUUCCAAGCAAAGCUCUCCAUGCCCGGAAACGCAAGCUGGAGGCCCUCAACUCUCAGCUGUCCGAGGGAAGCCAGAAGCACGCAAACCUACAGAAGAGCAUCGAGAAAGCUAGAAUUGGCCGGCAGGAGACGGAAGAACGAGCCAUGCUUGUAAAAGAACUUUCUUCAUUUCGGAACCAAAGGGAUCAACUUAAGGCAGAAGUCGAAAAAUACAGAGAAUGUGACCCACAAGUUGUGGAAGAGAUACGUCAAGCAAAUAAAGUAGCCAAAGAAGCCGCCAACCGAUGGACUGAUAACAUAUUUGCAAUAAAAUCCUGGGCCAAAAGAAAAUUUGGAUUUGAAGAAAAUAAAAUUGAUAAGAACUUUGGAAUUCCAGAAGACUUUGACUACAUAGAUUAAAAUGUUUGGGAGAAAGGAUUUGUGUGCUUAUGAAUCGUCAAAUCUUAAACAUUCUCUAUUGGUACCAAAUUUUCAUCUGUCUGUUAACCGUUUAUCGUUUUACAAUUUUAAAUAAAGUAUAAAAUAAGAA